AUGGAUGAUGACAUAGCAGCGAAGGUUUCAAACCUUAAAAUAACGGAGGAGGAAGAUCAGGUUAUUGCCCUAGACGAAGUUCCGGAGAGUGAAUACGAACAGGACUUAUCUUUAGCCUUGGUGGGGAAGAUUUUAACCUGUCGUUCCCAUAAUUUCGAAGCUUUGAAGAGGACCCUUAAUCAGAUAUGGGCGAUUUCUAAACGUGCCCUUUUCCGAUCAAUUGAAAAUGAUUUUUUCGUCGUUCAAUUUGCGUGUAAACGGGAUAAAGAAAAGGUUUUAGCGGGUCGUCUGUGGUCCUUUGAUCAGAACCUGGUCAUGCUACAGGAGAUUGACGAGGAUGUGCAACCAUCAAAUAUUGUUAUGAAAUUUUGUCCCUUCUGGGUGCGCCUAUACAAUCUGCCGCUGCGGAGCAGGUCGGAGGCUCAUAUUCGGCUGAUCGGUGGUAGUCUUGGGCAGGUUUUAGAGAUGGAUUCUGAUGGAAUAAUAUGGGAUAAAUCGGCUCGAUUGCGCAUCUUGCUGGAUGUUACCAAGCCCCUUCGAAGAGUGCAGCGAGUAUCUUUGAAGGGAGGGUCCUCGGCCCUUAUUGAGAUAAAAUAUGAAAGAUUACCCACAUUCUGCUAUAUGUGUGGUGUGAUAGGUCAUAUCGAGAGAGAUUGUUUGAAGGAUUCGGGGGAAAACAAGGAGGAUGAGAAGCAAUGGGGGUCGUGGAUUCGAGCUUCGCCUCGACGUGGUCGUCAGAAGAUCGAGGAGGAGGCUAAGGCUUUCUUGAAGGGGGCUCGGGUUCUUGAUUUUCUUGGGACAGAUUCUGAGUUGGAAGUUAAAACCAAAGGGGGGAAAGAUGACUUGGGGGCGAUACCAUAA